AUGAUGCCUCUGUUCGACUCCAUUGUUCUGACGGAAGUCGGCGAUAUAGGUGACCUUGAACUAGCAGGAGGGAUAAACUCGCUUUUUGAGGAUGGGAUUUCUGUUCUUCACGGAACCGCUUUUGGAUCCCCCAGAAAACAGUCCGAUGAUACCCUGGAUGAUUGUUUUGAAGAUGAUGAUGACGGGGUCAGUGGGAGUAACGUUAGAGAACUUGUUGAGAAUGGCUUCGGACUUGGGUUAGACCUGAGUCUGGGCUUUUCUGAACGAAUGAAUGUUGGUAUCACAGCGGACAAGGGCUGCUCCACAGUUGAUUCUGAUUACG